AUGAGAUUAAUCUCUAAAUCGUUUAUUUUCUCAUUAUCAAUACUUGUGAUGCUAUCAAGCACAACUUAUUCACAACUACGGUCUCCAAAAGUUAUUCAAUCAACAACAUAUUUGUCAAAAGAGUUUGAAGUGGGACCUGGAGAAGUCGCGGCAAAACAAAUGUUUGAUAUUGAAUUUCCAAAGGGUCAUGUUGGAAUCAAGAGCUUUGAUGUUGAUCUAGUUGAUGAACAUGGAAACUUUAUACCAUUGUAUGAAACUUACAUUCAUCAUUGGUAUAUUUUAAAAUAUAUUAUAAAGAAGAAUACGUCAGUGUCACACGAUCCAAAUGAUCAUACCAAACCUUAUGGGGAACCCAUUUUCAAAAGAAAUGAUGGAACAUGCAACAAUGGUAUUCUUCCACAUCAAUGGGGUUCUGGAGGUGAAACACGAGGAACAAUUACAAAACUUCCUUAUCCUUUUGCGGUUGGAAUAGGUAACCCUGCAAAUAUUACAGAAGGGUGGGAAGAGAAAUGGUUGUUGGGUCUGCUGCUCAUUGAUACACGAGGCGCUAAAAAUAAGAAAAUUUGCAUUCAAUGUAGGUGUGACCAGUUUAAUCUCCCAGAAAUUUUUUAUAAUGUGACAUUUGGAUUCCAUGGAAAAGUGACUCCUGAAUAUAAAGCAUGA